UUGUGACAGAGCGCUGGGAGCGGAGCGGAGCGCAGCGCGGCGCUACUUUUGCGCACAAGCUCGCGAGAGGCAGAGGGGAGCGCCGGCUGUCACUCGUCCUGCCACGCGCUGCCUAUGACACCGGGCUCGAGCUGAGGGGCUGGAGGAAGGCAGGAAGGGAAGCGUGACUUCUAAACGGAGGAGGAGAGGAGAGGGUCACGGGAGAGGCUGUGGGCUGGAGGAGUAAGGUAACCCCCUCGUGUCGUCGCUGUUGUGCGCGGUUCCUAAUAGGUUCCUCGUGGCCAUGGCGUAACGGGACGCUCCCGUGGAGUAGGUUGGUUCUCCGCGCGCGUUUCGUGAAGGUGGGAGGGGAGGGGAGUCGUAAACACAGCGUAGACACACCCGUGGGCUAUGAUACCCAACAGCAAGCCAACUUGGACCUCGUUGAGUUUUGGUACAACCCCUCAGAACUUUGGCUACUACGUAGGGCGCGCGGUGGCUGAGGCAGUGUGAGUGACAGCUCGCAUGGAAGAAGGACCUUGGAGAAGAGCAGGAGGCUCGAGAGGACUUGAGAGGCAAUGAGAGGACAGUUCCACUUGGGAAGAUCCGUAAGAUAGCUACAGCAGACUUGAGUUUAGUUUGGUUUGGUGCAGUUGGGUUUGAAGGCACCUGCAGCCACUUGAGUUGCAAAGGAGCUUCCUCGCCUGCUUCCUCGCCUGGUUCCUUGCUUGAGAGUUGAACACUUACAAGGGGGGUCCCUCUACUGAGUCCUCCAAAUCCUCCACGGUGCUGAGCCUUCUUGGCACAGCAGAAGAUGGCAUCGUCCUGGCAUGACUGGCCCACCAGGCUGUGGAGAUGGACCCUGGUUCCCUCACUUCUGGUGCUCCUUCUUGGUGGGAUGAAGACUUCUGGAGAUGGAGAAAGCUUCAAUGCAGAGUCCUGGCUCCGGAUGUAUGGCUACCUCCCUCAGGCCAGCAGGCAGAUGUCCACCAUGAGGUCGGCUCAAAUCCUGUCCAGCGCCAUCAGUGACAUGCAGAGAUUCUACGGCCUGGAGGUCUCGGGAGUGAUGGAUUCAGAGACUAUACAUGCCAUGAGGAGGCCCCGCUGUGGAGUUCCUGAUAAGUUUGGGGGUCAAAUCAAGACCAAUGUUCGCAGGAAACGCUACGCUCUGACUGGACACAAGUGGGACAAAACCCACUUGACCUUCAGCAUACAAAACUAUACUCCUAAGAUUGGGGAGUACAAUUCAUACGAGGCCAUCCGUAACGCAUUCAAAGUGUGGGAGAAGGUAACACCUUUAACCUUCGAAGAAAUCGCCUACAUGGAGGUCAAGUAUGGCCGCCGGAAGGAGCCUGACAUCAUGAUUUUCUUCGCCUCUGGUUUCCAUGGUGACAGCUCCCCGUUUGAUGGAGAAGGUGGCUUUUUGGCACAUGCCUAUUUCCCUGGUCCAGGGAUGGGAGGAGACACGCACUUUGACUCGGACGAGCCGUGGACCAUCGGCAACCAGAAUUUGCAAGGUAAUGAUCUGUUUCUGGUGGCAGUUCAUGAGCUGGGUCAUGCUUUGGGUCUGGAACACUCCAAUAACCCCAUGGCUAUAAUGGCUCCUUUCUACCAGUGGAUGGACACAGAAAACUUCCAGCUUCCGGAGGAUGAUCUCAGGGGGAUCCAGCAGAUCUAUGGGCCUCCUGUCAGUAGUCCCACUCAGGCCCUGCCCACUGUGACCCCUCGUCGCCCCAACACUCCUAAAGACCCUCCGAGAGCCCCUCCCCGCCGCCCGGACCGGCCGCGGACCACUGACCGCCCAGACCAGUACGGACCCAACAUCUGUGAGGGCAACUUCGACACAGUCACCAUGCUCAGAGGAGAGAUGUUCGUUUUUAAGGGACGCUGGUUCUGGAGAGUCAGGAGGAACCGGGUGCUGGAUAACUACCCCAUGCCUAUUGGCCACUUCUGGAGGGGACUACCGGGAGAUAUUGACUCAGCCUAUGAGAGACAUGACGGCAGAUUCGUGUUUUUCAAAGGGAGUCAGUACUGGCUGUUCCGGGAGGCCAACCUGGAACCAGGUUAUCCUCAAGAGCUGAUGGAUUACGGCAGAGACAUCCCCUAUGACAAGAUAGAGACCGCUAUCUGGUGGGAGCCAUCUGGAUACACUUACUUCUUUAAGGGAGACAGAUACUGGCGCUUUAACGAGCAGUCGCGCUCAGUGGAUCGGGACUACCCUAAGCCCAUCAGCGUGUGGGGUUCUUCAGUGCCUGUAUCUCCCAAGGGGGCCUUCCUCAGCGAUGAUGGAGCGUACACCUACUUCUACAAAGGCUCGAAAUACUGGAAGUUUGACAACCAUCGCAUGAAGAGUGAGCCUGGCUAUCCCAAGUCCAUCCUCAGAGACUUCAUGGGCUGCAGCGUGGACCUGGACCCGGACAGAAACACCGACGUGGAUCCAGACCGCAAGUGGCCCGACCGCACGCCCUUCAACCCAGACGCUGGGCGAGACAAGGACAAAGACAAGGAAAAGGACAAGGACAAGGAGCGAGACCGAACUAACGAUGUGGACUACAAGGAGGAGACCGAGGAGAAGACGAACGAAGUGGACGUGGUGCUCACGAUUGACGAGAACGAGCGCACCAUGAACAUCAUCAUGGUGGUUGUGCCCCUGGUCCUGGUGCUGUGCAUCCUGGGCUUGAUCUACGCCAUCAUCAACACGCUGCAGAGGAAAGGAGCUCCCAAGUACUUGGUCCACUGCAAACGCUCCUUACAGGAGUGGGUUUAAGUUCUUCUAACUCUUCUCUUCAGCUCAUCUGACCUCUGAUGAUCUCCACCACCCUCAGUCCAGUCCAUGUCCUCUCCUCUACCCCCCACAACCCAGACCACUGACCCUAGACCCCUCCAGUCUUCAGUAUAUGUAGUACAAACUCGCGCACACACACACACACACACAGCACACAAGAAUUAUACUCUUUUAUCCCAUGGUGCUCUCCCACUCAAUGAGUUGACUGUAGACUAUUUAUUUCAGGACGUUUGCACAUUGUUUUUGUUGUUAUCCUUGUUAUUCUUUCAUCGUGGGGUUUCUCCCACACCCCCCCUCCCUCCCCUCUCUUCUUUUUUGGUUUGUAUUGUGUGCACAUUUCUUUUCAUUUCUAAACGAGGAAGUUUCUCUGUUCUGUAGCAGAGAACCAUAACAAAAACUGCCAUCUGGCUCAGGCAGGCCAACUCCGGAUGAGGAGAAAUGCAAGAAUGCAAGAAUUUAAGAAUUCAAGACAACAGCAGUUGCUAAGCGUGUGCAGUACAUUAAAAAAGGGAAGGAAAGAUAUUAAAAAAAUCUCCCUCCAUCUCUGAGAUUGCUUUCAAAUUGCUCCCUUUACUCAGGACUUAGCUGCCGUCUGCCCGCUGAACAGGCAGGUCAGAGUUCAACAGGAAAAGCCUUGUGUAGAAGAGUGAGGCCUCCGUAUUCCUCACCCUCUUUUUCAGCGCAACAGUGCAUUCUGGAUCUCUGCCUUUACCCGUGCUUGCCUAUGAUGAGGAACAGAAAAACAAAACAAAACAAAAAAAUCACACUUGUUUUAUUGCCUUAGUCGAACCACUCACGCUAUUGUUUUAACAAUGGUGCCUUGGUCUUGCCAGCCAAAAGCCUUCCUCUGGUUUCGCCCCUAUAGGAGGAGCCCUCUGACCUCCCCCAUGCUGCCUGGCGUGUUGCUUUCUCUCUGCGGCCCUGUGAUACUGUGUUGACUAUAAUCUUUUAUUGUCAGAGGAGCAUAGCUCACACGGUGCUUUUUUUUUUUUCAUUUAGGACAAAGGCGGCGUACUGUGAAAACACUCUGCAGGGGAUGGGAGGGAACAUUUGAGGUACUAGAGGCCAGAGGGAGGGGCUUUAGCUGAUGUAGAAAUGUUGAUAUAGGAGCCAUUAGCCAAGUAUAGGCUUGCUUAAAACAAUGCAAUCAAGCGCGCACAUGAAAUAUAAGGCCAUAAAAACAUAAAAACGUACCACUAGUUCAUACCACUCGAGCAUACCAAUUAAAAAAAUACUCAACUCAAUAAAAACCUUUUCUUAAAAAUAAGUUUUGCUUCUCAAGGCCCAAUUAUAAAUAAUAAGAGCCUUACUGGGCCUCUCUAUUUCCUCGUUAGAGACUGUUAGAUAAUAAUCCUAAGCAGGUGGGUGAAAACAUUGCUAACCUCAAGCCACCCUAAUGUAAACUCUCUCCCUCGGCACCAAAAGAAAUCCCUCUCUCAUCUGCCGAAAGGUGAGAGGAAAAGGGUGAGGGACAUGGGCGAGCGAGACAGGAGAGGAGAAGUGUAUGUGAAAGAGAGAGAGAGAGAGAGAGAGAGACAUCUGUGUAAGUUCAAAGGGAGGAGGGGUUCAGCUGCAGAAACCUUAUCUGGUAAGUCCUCUGGAAGAGGCUUACAGUCUGUUAUUCCAAAGGCAGGACGGAGUUAUUUUACACAGAUGAGGCUGAACCAGAGGGUGGGGGAGCUACAGAGGGAGCCUGUCCUGAAACUGCCUUCAUGAAGUCCCAUCAGAACUAGAAGAAGAACUGCUUGCGUAAAGUGCUAGCUAAUGUUGUAGUGUUGAAGUCAAGAUCACUCAAGUCAAGACUAGAACCUUUAGUAGUUGAAGCCAUACAGAAAACAGAGAUCAGAAGACUAUUUUCUUUGUCCUCAGUUGAUCUUGACCACAGUUUAUAAGUCCGACUCAACCUGAAACUGAGGCAAAAUUGGUUUCAGUGAGGUUGAGACUGAAACGAGACUGAUACCGAUCAAUUAUGGACAAGACUACAACACUAGUCCUAACCUGAACAGUGAAUGUUCCAACAUUCAAUUACUUUGUGAAAUUAGUCAAGUGGAAACUUUAAAAACUACUAAUACUAUCUGUCUUGUCAAUAAUGCUAUCAAAAGUUCAAAUUGCCAGUCGAAAGGGACCACAAAUUAAUGGGCUUUAGUUCUUGUGGAAGCUUUGGAGUAAUUCUGAUACCAGAGAUUCAUGGUAGAAAUCAACAAACUACAUUUCCAACUGUUUCCAACCACUUGAACUCAAAUGCUUUGCAGUUACAGCUCUACAAGUGGAGGAUAGGGCCAUCCGGUGAGCCCAGGAAGGCAGCAUGAGUGGCUAGCAAGGAGAAGAGUGGACAGUAGAAGAGCCUAGAUGUGGGCUGAAGCACAGUCCCCAUAUGGGAGCAUGCUGGCAUGCGGUCAGGGUGGCCACACUGCCACGGGUUAUUUUAGAAACACAUUCUUUGAAUGGGAGCGGAAACAGGAUCUGUGGCUGGCAUCCGCUCUCCUUCCAUUCAGGAGCUCCGAGCUAGACUUCAUAAGUUCGCCCGCAUUCAUCAGGCUUCCACAGAGCAGACUAGGCCGGCGACUCGGCUGUGCUGGAUGGAGCUGCCGUUCUUGUUUAGAAUAUAAUUGCUCUCUGAGGUGCUUUGCUUAGUCUACAGCAACUCUGGUCCUGGAGUAGCCCUGCCUUGCAUAGUUUAGUGUUUUAGCUCUAACACACCCACUCCAACUCAGGAUACUUCAACUCUGCUGAUUAGUUGUAUCAGGCAUGUUAGACUAUGGGACACUCAGUGUUUUAUGUCCUGGGCAAUUUCAAACAUGCUACGCUUCCAAAACACACUUGAUGGACUUUCACAGAAGGCUUGAUACUAAUUGCUAAUUGGCUUGAUCAUGACAGGCAAAAAAGUGGUCUUUAGGUCUGGAUUUGAAGUAGGCAGUUCAAUUAACCUCCACCGAUCAGUUGUUUUGGGUAAACUACCUUUACCCUGCUUGAUAAUUAUCUGAUUGAUUGUUUAAGGAAAUUCAUUUGCAAAACAGAAAAGGCCGUAAUCAGGACUUUUUUGGAGGCUGGCAAAGCAUUCCAACCUCGAAACUGUAGUUGCAGCAGGCACAGCAGUGGGUCUUCAGAACUAGAUUUAAUCCAGGCAAGGCAGUAGGUUUCCAGGACUGAAGUUGAGGCAGACAAAGGAGUGGCUCCUUAGGCCUGAAGUCAAGGCAGACAAGGCAGUGGGUCUCUCUAGAACCAGUAUUGAGGCAGACACGGCUGCUGCUUUCUAGGAUUGAAGUCAAGGCAGAGAAGACAGAGAGUCUCCAGGACUAAAGUAGAGGCAGGAAUGGAAAAGGUUCUUCAGGACUGUAUUUGAAACAGGCAAGGCAGUGUGUCUUCAGGACUGGAAAACCCUCGGCCCUCAGAAUUUGAAGUAUACCCUGCUUUCCAAAUAUUAAUCCUAUUGAAUGGCUUGAUCCUUAGCUGACAAGCUUGAGCAAGAUACAAUACUUACUUAGGCAGAGUAGUAAAUCUUCUUGACUAUACUCUAUGUAGGCACAGUGGGUCUCCAGGACUGGACUUGAGGCAGAUAAGGCAGUGGGCCCCUUGGAUUCUAAUCAGGCAUGCAAUGGUAUAAGUCUACAGGACUACAGUUAAGGCAAGCAAGGCAGUGGGUCUUCAAGAAUGGAGUUGAGAACCUCUGUUACAGCAGGUAACAUAUAAACACACAUUAUGCAAAGGACCCUUCAGAACUAGGGGUUAGGAUCCCCUUGUCUCUACAGUGUUAACCUCCCAACACUAUGCAGAUUCCAGGAAAGUGCCAAGAAGCAGGCUUCACCUCACUUGAAAUGUGCCUCUACGCAUGCCACUUCUUCCCCCUCCACCAGCAGAGAAAAGUUUCUCUCUCCGCAAAGGCAGAGAGGACAGUGUAGAGGAGAGAAUGAACCGGAGCGGUAUUAUAAAUAUUGCCUUGCUGGGCGAGGUUGAGUUGAAAGUGCUUUCAUAAAUAUUAUUGAGAAGGUAGAGGAGAGGGAGGACGGUCAUGAUUGGCAUGCUACCGCUGAUGGAGGCUGUUCAGCGCCGUUGCCAGGCAGCACUCCCUUCCCCUCCCCUCUCUUGUCUCUCUGUGUUCGCCGCCGCCGUCAUCCAGAGAGAUGUGGAGGGGAGUUAAUCAGAGAUAAAAGCUCCUCCGCCUCUCCCGCCCUUCCUGCCCAGAUCAAUGAGGAAUACACAAACAGGCCUGAAGGGUACCUGGAGGGAGAGGAGGCUCAUUCACUCAUCCAGACAGACUUAAACCCCACGCUGGCUCGGCGAUGCCCAUUUGAGCAGAGCUUUACCUCGGUCGACACCUUUAUGGCCUUGCUUUUAGAGAGACCUUGUCGCUGUUCUAUCCAGACCAUGUUUGCUAAUCUAGUCUAAACCAAAUACCCAGUUGAGGCCUGCUAGUACAGACUGUUCUUGUCAAUAGUUCACAAAAUAAAGCCUUGAAUUUUAUGAACCAUAGGUUAUUCUCAAGCUAGGAUAAAGUCCUAAACUCUUUUAUAUCAUCAUGUCCUUCACUAAAUCUUAGUGAUACAGCCCAAUAGCAUUAAGAAUCGGCCCUAGCCAAGUGUUGACACUUGAGAUUUGGCAUCGGUCAUGCAGAAGUGGCCCAAAUGUAGUUUUUACACAGCAAUCAUAUUAUACUCUGCAGCCUAGGUGUUAGCACAUGCAACAUUCAUGUGCUCAAUGCAACUCUUGCUCAGUGUGGGCCAUUUGAUAUUUGCUGAGAAACUGAGAAUGGCUGGUCAAUGAUAUAGUAGAUAAAACAUCCAGCUUAAUGUGUUGCCAAGCUAGGUAGUCAAGGCGCUAAAGCCGCUUCUCGAAUUUGGUUCUGGACUUGCUCUCAUAACAAUAGCCCCUCUCACUCUGGGCAUUAUUGUCCUGCAUAUUUUGUGCUCCAGCCAACAGGAAAAAAGGCUGGGCUUUUGGCCAAAGCCAGGAAGUGUCCUCCCACAAUCACUUACACUCUAGCAUAGCGAUCUUUAAGGCAUUGUGUGUGGGUGACCUUGACGGGAGUUUAGUAAAAUUACUUCCUAGAGAUGCAGCUCAGUGAUCUGUGUGUUUUGUUUUUAGUAGCACUGUAAUUACGCAGGUCUGAUCAUCACAAAAAGACUAAAAUGUUUCAUGGUGUUUCUGUGGUUUAUGUUUAAAAUUAGUUUUAAAGUUUUAGAGUUGGUUGCUUUCCUGCUUUCCAUCUCCUAAGCAGAUGUCUCUGACACACAUGUCCUACUUAAUAUGCACUUGUCCAUUAGCAAAGACUUCAUGAUGACUUGAAAAAUGUGUCACGCUUCAGUGUUACGUCUAACCACGUGGAAUCAAAUGAGUAGGUAGAGUCUGGCAGCAGCAGAGGAUGUCUGGCAGCAUCGUGCCAUAUGCCACGGGUGAUUGAGUGCAAUCUAUUUAUGAUCUCAUUCACUGAUGAGCAGACAACGAGACUGGAAGUAUGUCUGGGCCUGCAUCUCUGUCUCAGAAGCCAUUGUCACCCUAAACCAAGAGCAAAACACCAUGCUUUUUAAUAUUACGUACGGCAUCAAUCCAUUCAGAGUUUCCAUAUCAGGUUAAGAAUAGAAGUAAAGUAUCACUAUUAAUAAGGCAAAGUCAUGGCGGUUUCGUACGCAACAUGUGUUGCGCUGCAAUUAAUUUUUAAAAAACCUCAUUGUUAUUAAUAAUGAUUAAAUGUAUGAUCAUAUUGUUUUGUUGUUUAAAUUCAGUCGAUUUCCUGUUCUUAUUUGACCGUAAUUGGUUGGUUUUGAAAUUGUAAAUAUUGUAGGACUUUUUACGAUUUUUUUUGUUCAUUUCUUUGUUUUUAGGUUUUUACUUUGUUAAUAACAUUCCGGUCUUGUGUUUUGAUUUUGUUUUCUGAUGUAGAAAUCUGAAGAUUUUAUACAUUUGUGUUGUUUGUUGAUCACAUCUGUUGAGUGUCUUUAACGAUCCAUGCUGGACAUGUAAACAAUAAUAAAUAAAUGCUCUGAAGAUGGAA